AUGUUCAUGGCGGUGCCCAACUACACCUAUCUCAACCUCAAGCUGCCGGGCCCAAACGGAGUCAUCACCAUGAGUGGCUCCUUCGAACAGGCCUACGCCAGCAGCCGCGAGCAUUUCGACCUCGCCACCACCGCGGCGAACUCGACGGAGCUCAGUCAGCUUCGCGCCGCCACCACCGAGUGCCGGCCCGACCCUGGCAAACCCAGCCAGGCGCCGACUUUCGUCUCGACCAAGGAAACCAAGUCGGUUGUGGUCGACGACACCGACCCAACCAAGAAGGUGCUGGUCGGCUCCCAGCUAUCAGCCAAAUAG